CAGCGCCUCAGUCAACCUGCAAUGUUUGUGUGUUUAUUUUUGGAAGGGACCAUCAGAUGGAUAGAGAGUGGACAUACCGCCCCCCAGUACUAGUGGGGGAGCGUGUAGUUUGGCUAGGUGGGUCGGCGGGACUCGGGGUACGAGACCCUUGCGAGUAUGGUCCCCAUCAUGGUACUGUCAGCUGGAUUGGCAGAGUUCCGGAGAUGGGCAAUAACUGGACUGUUGGAGUUCAUUUUGAGGUUGAUAUGGUCGGUGGCUGUGAUGGUUCCUGGAAUGGGCGUCAGUUGUUUACCUGUCCGUGCACAAGAGGCCUCUUCCUACCUGUACUGUCACUUAUCAAAGAAAAGGAAUUUUAUGGCAGUAAACACACAACUUCUGUCGGGGUUUCAUCAAGUCAAAUAAAAACAACAACACCUUCCUCCUCUUCUUCAACCACAUCCUCAAGCUCAGACAUACCUCGAGCUACCUUUGACUUAAGCUUGGCACCAGAACCACCUCCACAAAAGGCAAGAGUGACUGCACCCUCCUCUGACAUCCACAGUAGGAAAUAUCUGAAGCAAAGUGGGGCUGAGGUGGAACCUUCAGGGAGGUCGGAUGUGGUUGGCAGAGGAAUGGGCAGUAGCAAGAUGUUGGAGCAACAUAACAAUGACAAGAGUGUAAAUUCCCUCUCUGUCAUGACUUCCUCCAUAUCUUCAUCCUCCACCACUGCUGCUACCACCUCCACAGUAUAUUCUUCUUCUAUCUACUCUUCCACGUGCACAAGUAAGAAGGAGCUACUAGCUGCGAGGCUUGUACAGAGUGGGGCUCAGGACACAUCUCAGGAAAACAAGAAUUUUAGCAACGAGGGAAAUGUGAAGAUGACAGCAAAGGGAUCUGUGAGGAGAACUGGACUGAGUGGAGUGGGCCGAGGGGGUAGUGAUGAGGACUGGCUUGAUGCCACGGCUUAUUUUGGGGAAACAAUGGUAAGAAAAUCAACACUCCCAUCUGGGGGCAGGUCGAGUGAGAUUUCGGAAAGAUUAGGGCAGAAUCGUCAACCCAGUGUGUCAACACCAUCAAGUCCAACACUUAAUGAUUAUCAAAGACACUAUGGAAAAAAGCUGAGUUCUUCAAGUACUUCAACAACAGCAAGUGAUGUGUCCAAGUACAUGAGUUCUCCUGGUAGGUAUUCCAUGGGUGAUAGACCCUAUCCUCUCAAGAGAGAGAAGACCUCUGGCUUCCUUAAUAUCUUCCGUUGGUUUAGAAAUAGAGACAAGAAGAAGAGAUCUACAUCAGUGGAUCGCAUGAGCAAUGCGAGUGGAGGGAGCGUGAACAGUCUGUCAAGUUCUACAAGUGGCUUUUCAUAUGUACCUAUCAUGAGAAGUAAAAGUGCUGACACUCAAAACAAGAUGAUUGCUUCAAAAAAUCAAAAUCAACCUAAAUUUGGUAUUACCCGGCGAUAUAAACUGUUUCAAAGGGACUCUUCACUUGGACGAACAAAUUCAAGCACCUCAAAUGAAGAGGGAGGCAGGAGACUCUCAGCAGUGAGUGCAUCUUCGGACACAUCGUCAAAACCAGAGUCUCGAGGGGCAACGAUGAGUCGCAAAAAGAGGCCAGCACCACAACCCCCUGGAUCACCAAAGAUGAGUGACACUGGCUCACUAAGAUCACAGAAAAGUUGUACAAGCCUACCAGCCAGGGAGCUGAGACCCAGUAUUACUUCAGAACAAAGUUCACCAAGUUCCAUUAGUCAAAUACCUGAAGGCAGGAGGCUGCAGAAAUCCAAGAGUGAAGGUGUAAUAUGUGCCAAAGCCAAGAGAAGAGCUCCACUUCCACCAGUUCAGACCACUGGAGGAUCAAACACACUAAAUAGUAAUAAAGAGAAUUUGUCACCACUCACAAAUGAUGGUCAGAAGAAACGCCAAGCCCCCAAUGUUCCUGCAGAGAAAAAGGAUCGACCAUUAAGCACUGUUUCCACUGGAAGCUAUCUGUCUCAGUCUCCAUCAUCAGCUUCCACCACACUGAAAUCUCAGAGCAGUAGUGGAGCAACCAGCAGUCAAUACUCUGCCGAGUCCAUCAGGCUGGAGAGUGGAUUUCUUCGGCAAGACAUCACUAAAUCUUCUUCAAGCCCAGCCAUUCCUGACACCAGUAAACUGACCCUGUCUCCUCGUCCUUGGUACAAGAGAAAGAAAAAUAGGGAUAAGGAGAACAGUAAAGACUCAAAAGCUACAAGUAAAAAAGAUAAAGUAUAUGACAGUUGGAUGCCCGAUAUCCAAUUUUCACGAAGUAAACUUAGUUUAAGUGGGACUUUCAGGAAGAGUAAAAGUUUUGAAUAUGGUGAUGAAAAUACACAAAAGAAAUCAAAAGAUGAUGAUAAGAAAGAAAAGAGAAAAUCUCAGGUAUCGUUGCUGGCAAAUAUAAGUGAGCUUGAUCGGGCAGCUACAGAGCAGAUGCAGCGAGAACUGGAGCAACGGAAAGCUCAAAAGAAAACGUACGAUAACAAGUUUUAUAAGACCAGUGAGCCUCAUAUACUUACUCAGACAGACUUCCUGCCAAGAACCAAAGACAGAGGUAGAGUUGAAAAUUUUGAUAUGAAUACUGUGAGUUCUUCUGGGACUGCCACUCUUGGCUCAUCAACAAGUGACAGAAUAGAAGUUGGAGAACAUGGACUACCAAAUUCCCAGAAUGGUAUUUAUGAUAAUCUUAGUGAUUCAGGUCUUGACUUAACUCUACCUCAGAGCUAUUCAAAACAUGCAACACUAAGAAUUGAAGAAAAAGAAGGCAACUUUCGCCAUUCCAUUGGAGGUAAGUUGAUUGCUUCUGAUGCUCUUCAGUUUGGUUUAUCAGAAUCUCAUAAAGGGUCAAAUUCUCCAAAGACCAAGAGAGUCACCUCAAACCUCACUCAACCUUCCCAAGCUUCCCCAGAGUCAUCUCCACCUCCCACACGGGAAUCACCAAUGCGCAGAGCAGCGUUUGAUGCAGAAUUGUUUUAUCAGCUCGCUAAAGACACUCAUACUACUGCUGAGCCAAGGAGUAAAAAUUCUCCUGUACUUGUUGGAGUCCGAGAAACUCGAAAAAUGCCAUCAUAUGAGGAAGUUAGUGAGGAAGAGCUGGAUGAUGAUCCAAUAGUAGUUCCUAGUGAUUCUCCAGGUCAUUUUUGUAGACCGAAUAAAAAUUUUGGUCUUCGUAUGAACAACUUCUUCUCGCCAGAUGUUUCCACCAUUAUUGAAGCCUCCGAGUCCAUGACAUCAAGUGCCACCACUCCAGCUGAUGAUAUUUAUGAAGACCUUCCAGUACCCUCAUCCAUCAAUGGAAGAAGGAGGGAAUCUGUUCAUGAUGAGGCAAACAGUGAGGCUAAUUAUGAAUUUCGUUUAAAUUCGACAAAUGCUCGGGAAAUCAUGCAAGAGUUGGCGGAUGUAAGACAUGAAAUACAAAAAAUUAAUGAAGAAGAAGAAGAAGCAGCGAAGAACAGAGAACAGAGAAAAUCAGAUAAAAUUCGUGAAGAGGUCCUGUCGUUGAGAGAGAGGAGUAACUUUGAAGUUUGGCAAAAUGCAAUUGGACAAACAGGAACCAGUAAUAUGGAUGUGGCUCCACCGCCUCCCAUUGAAUUGAAUGAAGGAGUUGAGCGUAAAUUGAAGUGGGUGUGUGAAGUUUGUACUCUGAUCAACCUGCCGUGGAGACUACAGUGUGAAGCGUGUAUGAAACGGAGACCUCUUCACCCCAAGCGGGUGGAUGAGGAUAACAAAUCUUUUACUUCAGAAUAUGUAAGUUCCCAACCAAGUAUCUCUGAUGAGAGUCCUGUGACAGUGAUCCAUGAUGAAAGUAAUGCAGAAGGUGCAAGAGAAGCAGUGGGUGGUGCAGAGGCUGCUGUGCCAGACACUGGCCAGCUUCCUGAUAAUGAUCAAAAAUCCCACCAUGACAAGAAGAAGAAGGAUAUCAACUGGGAAAGAGAGUUACAGAAAUAUUUCAGAACAUUUGAUGAGCAUGCCAAAGGUAUCAAUGAUACAAAAGAUCUUUCAGCAGCAAGCUCUGAAACCAAAAAAUCUACAACAGUUAAUGUUUCUGAAACUGAAGAAAGGUAUAGAAAACUUAAAAAAAGCUCACGGAAUGAAUCGAUGGUCAUGCCAGCCUGCAUUUCCAAAGAGGCUGAGGUUAGAGGUAAGGGUGCAAAGCCAAAGACAACAUUUUUUGGUACAGCUCAGGGUCCACCCGACACGUUCAUUCAUAACCCUGACUCUGAGAGAGAAAAUGAAUCAAAAACAUUAGAAUUUACUGUUAAGAAAUCUCAUAGCAAUGAAGGUUUAAAUAAAGAGCCAGAUAUGGACCAACUGAGAAGAGCUAGGCUUGCAAAAUUUGAAGGAAGUGGCUGUGAUGAGGAUGAACAACUGACUCAAGAUGAAGUCAUGCCAUCUGCUGUAAAGAAUGAAAAAAACUGCAAAAAAAAAUGUGGAGACAGGAAAAAAAAAAAUAAAAAAAUAAAAACUGAACUCGAAGAAGGUAGUAAAGAAGGACCAGGAAGAAACCAGGAUGAAAGUUCCCAGAGAGACCAACACUUAAUGCCUGAAGAAUCAGAUCACCAAGAUCAGGAAGAAGAUAAAACAUUUUACCACAAAAAUUACCGUAAACCACAAGUGCUAAAGCCAAGUGGUGCUGUACGUAAUGUAGUUAGUAUAUUUAACCAGUUUGAACAACUACAACAAGCAAAAAAAGAAAAGCCACAAGUAACACGCAGGAGAUCAUUUGGAAAUGUUGUAGGACGGACACAGAUUUUUGAACAGUUGAAUUCCGAAACAAAUAGUCCAGAAUUACCAAGAUCCAAUAGGGAAUGUAGAGAAUGUCUCAGACCACAGCCCAGAAGUGAUGUUCCAAGAGAUACUGAAGUAUUUUCAGCAGUUGCUAAAUUUGAUGAAAUGGCUGCCAUGGCAGAGUUAGACAAAAUUGAAAAACAAAGAAUGAGGAAAGAAGCAGCCAGGAGAAAACCAAGAUUAUCAGCAAUAUCCCGUUCAAAUUCAUUACAAAUUUCCAUAGACUCUGCCACCACCACCGCUGCUAGCAUCAGGCAACCUAUGAAUGGUGUUAACCACUUGAAUCACACUCCUACUACACAGCCAUACCCUCAACACAAUGGUAACAGAGAACAACUACAUGGAAAGCCCUCUUUUGAUUCCAAAUCAAAUUCCCAUCCCACAGACCUUUCUGAGGGAAUCAUCAAAGGAGGAGUUCUUUAUACAGAACAACGUAAACGCUCAAUGUCCAUUGGAUCAGGAACCUUCGAGUUAAUCCAGGCUAAAGAUUUUGAAACGAUUGAAGCUCAGCACAGUGAGUGCUCACCAACUGCUGAAAGUAGGAGCAUAACCAGUCCAGCCACCCCCUCACCAAUCACUGAGACAACAAGCAUCACCAGUCCAGCGAACCCACCAGCAGGAGCUGUAGUACCUCAAAUUAUUAUUGAACCCCAUGAAGACCAUAUAUCUCCUUCAUCCCAUUCUGAUAACUCAACACCUUUGGUGUCUGAGGUGGGGGUGAAGUGUGUGGGUCGGGGGCAAAUGGAAAAGAAAGAGGUUGAGAGACUGAGUCGACAGCUCACAGAGGCUGAUGGCAUUGCUACAUUUAAAGCAACUUUGCGAGUUGAGGAGCCAACUUUAGGUCAAGUCAACACUCUCAGCAUCAAUCGACUCUUGAAACGGCUUGAGGGUUCCAUCGCUUGUGGAAACCAUGCCGAGGCUGCUCGGCUGGCCCACGAGUUGGCUGAGCUCAGGGUGUCCUGCUCUGUCACACGCAAUCCUAAAACCAAAAUCGAUGAUGAGGUUACCAUGCUAACAUCCUCCCUCCUCCCUGCCACCUCACUCGUGCCAUCUGAGUCUGAACAUAUCUUACCCGAUACUAAUCCAAACAUUGAUUUAAACGGAACUCGAACUCCUACCAGUAAUAUGUCAGAAUGCUUUUAUGAUGCUUCAGAAAUGUUAGACCAUGAGGAUAUAAAUAUAAAUGAACCUGAGGCUCAGUUAGACUUAGAUGAUAUAGAUAUUAUUGAACACAAUGUUGAUAAGGUGCAGUUGCCUGACACAGAUAUUUCAAAUGAUUUAUCAUCAAAUGCAACAGAAACUCCAAGUAUUGGAUAUCUCUCUCCAACACCUCUGCAGACAUCAGCUUCUGCAGACUCUAUUAAUGAUACUCAAAUAGGAUCUGCCACUGGGGAAAUUCAAACUACUGGUGAUGUUCAAGAAGAAAUCAUCACCAGACGGGACACUCGAGUUGAUCCAGCAAGACGUGAAGUUAAAUCUGACACCAUAAGUAAAUUACCUGAUGGACCGCCAGUUUAUAUGAAAGAUCUUAGUGAGGCUCUACUGCCUUUCAAUGUGAAGAUGUAUGUGGAGGACAAGAACAGUCACCAAGGUCCCAUCACAUUUACUGUGAUGGCUUCCAUGACUGUGGGAGAACUGAGAAAGAAGGUGUGUCAAGACUUUGGAUUCCCACCAGAGGUUCAGCGAUGGAUCCUGGGAAGACGCUUGGCAGACGACGACAACCACACCUUGGAGCACCACAAGGUUACCACAGAAGGUUGUCCCAUUUUUCUCUACUUAGUGGCACCAGAUUCACAGCCCAAGGUGCAAGCACAGAAGCCCUCCAUUAGAGCUGCUGCAGUAAAUGGUGUUGAUGCUCCUGGAAGUCAUUAUUCACAGGCAAAAACUGAGAGUGGACUUGCAAGGUACUUACAGGUGUCUGAUGAAGAAGGUAAUAUUGAAUAUAAAUUUUAUAACCCAGAAACAAAAAUAUAUGAAAUUAGUGUUGACAUGGAUGAUAGUGAUUAUAGUGAAGAAGAUGAUGAUGAUGAUGAUGAUGAUGAUGUUAAUAGUGAUGAUGAAGACACACUCGAAGAAGAGGAUGAAAAUAUGUAUCAAAAUGUUAAUAUUAAUAAACGAGAUAAAGAAGAGAAUCCUCAACUUGCAUAUAGUGCAGUAGCAACUAAAAAAACUGAUUUACAGGAAAGUGAAACAAAGGCACAUCAAUCGACCUCACCUCAAUUGCAAGAUGGUAAAUAUUCAUUACCACAGCCUCUGAGUGUAUCCCAUGUUGCCAGCACUGCAACUAAUGUUUCUAGUCAAACCAAUGAUAUAAAUAUACAUUCUAAAGCAAUGUCUACUAGUCAAACAAAUAAUAAUUCUGCCACUGAAAGUCAGUCUGCUUGUGAUCAAAGUAAUGUACAGAAACACAAUCAAACUCAACCACUGGAGAGACAAGUAUCCAGUUCUACACCAAGCUCGAGACAGCAACAACAAUUACCGCAAAAACAACGGAAACAAUCUCAUGAUAUUACAAUACCUAAUGGUCAACAACAGCAGCAAGUGAAAGCAACAAAUCAAUUCCAACCACAUCAGAAACAACAACAAUCCUCAACUCAUCAUCUUGCCAUCACACCAAAAUCCCAGCAAGAUUCAGUCAGCAUUCAAGAUGAACAACAACAUGCUCAAAAUCCAUCGCUUAACCAGUGCAGCUCAAAACAAUUGCACUUGCCAAAACCUGCUCAAACUCUACUAAACAAAAGUCAGCAGCCACAGUCACGACAGGAUUUACCUCAACAACAAUCUCCUCAUCUUAUAUCCGGUCAACCUCGGACAACUCCUACACAAACAACUUUAUCCAGUCAAACUCAGGGCACACCUAUGCAGACACCCAUUUUAUCCAAUCAUAUACAGGAAACACCUACACAAACACACAAUCAGUCACCACAACCUAAACAUUUAUCAAAAUGGCAACAGCAAAUAAGCACAUCACAACAUAAUGUGAAGCAACCAUUGCAAAAUCAUUCUACCCAGUCAUCAGAGGAGCAUCAAUUAUCCCAAUCAUCUCAACAUAAAUCAUCCCAGUCAUCACAGCAUCAAUCAUCCCACUCAUUGCAACCUCAGUCACCCCAAACACUGCAUCAUUCUUCCCAAUCACAGCAUGAGGUAGGACAACUAAAACACCAGACUCGGUCAUCACCGCCCCAGCAACAAAGACAAACAAAAAAUAAAGAUCCUUCCAGUCCUCAGUUAAGAAAUAAGGAGACAGGCAAACCACAAUCACCAGAGCAGCAGGUGGAUGUGACGACAGAGCUUCCAUCACCCACCAAGGUCCACGGUUGGGUGUGUCCGAGAUGUACCUUAGUCAAUGUUUGGACCCGGCCCGGUUGUGAAGCGUGUGCCACCGAACGCCCGGGCACUAUGCACGCACAAGCCACAGGGACCUCGGACAAGGGGUCUGGGCUAGGUGCUGUGGUAUCUGCACUGGAACGCCAGGGUUAUGUACCCAACCCAGACCAAUUUGAGUGUCGUGUCUGCUUUCUGGACGUGGGAGUAAGUGAAGGCGUUGUACUGCGAGACUGUCUCCAUACCUUCUGCAGGGAUUGCUUGGCGAGUGCUGUCAAAUACUCUGACACAGCUGACGUGAAGUGUCCCUAUCGAGACAACCAGUACUCCUGUGAUUCUUCUCUGCAGGACAGAGAAAUCAAAGCUCUGGUGACACCGCAGGAGUAUGACAAACAUUUGACCAAGUCUGUCAAGCAAGCAGAAGGAACCAUGCAGAAUGUGUUUCACUGUAAGACGCCCGACUGCCCAGGAUUCUGUCAAUUUGAGGAUAACGUCAACUCAUUCCACUGUGAUGUUUGCGAGAAAGUUAAUUGCCUCACUUGUCAGGCUCAGCAUGAAGGCACCACAUGCCAGGAGUAUCAGGAUGACCUCGCUCAGAAAGUGGAUGAAGCAGCCAUGAAGACCAAAAAAUUCUUUGAUGAUAUGAUUCGUCGUGGAGAUGGGCUACCCUGUCCAAAGUGCUCGGUGAUGCUAAUGCGAAAAUGGGGCUGUGACUGGAUGCGUUGUCCCAUGUGUCGAACAGAAAUCUGCUGGGUUACCAGGGGACCUCGGUGGGGUCCUGGGGGACCAGGAGAUGUGUCUGGUGGAUGUAAAUGUGGAAUAAGAGGUCAAAAGUGUCAUCCAAAGUGUACCUACUGCCAUUAAUACUGCUGCUGAACUAGCUGUAACUGGUUUGUAUAGGAGUAUCCUCACUCUAGGUCUGAUAAUUCCACUUCUUGGUGGACAAUUCAUCCUUUAGCUUUUGUUUAUUGAAAAUGAGUAUAUACUGGUCUGUACUCUGAACCCCUGAAACAUGUGGUCAGGCAGUUGGAGGGGUGAUGUUCUGAUAUGGUGUGUGCUGAACUUUUCACUUGCCAUGUCAAUGCCCAUGAGCAAGCUCACCGUUCUUGUAUGGAGAGUGCCAUAAACUUUGGGAAAUGGUGUAAAAGAUAUCAACUUUUUCACCCACCAGCGGCUCAUGCAGUCAUUUAAGAAGUGAGAAAUUUCUGAGGCUGUUUUGUUAUAUUUUUUUUAGUGGGUGAGUGUCAUGACCGACUUUUAAUUGUUAUAUGACCAAAGAUUAAACCGUGUUUAGCCUUGCUCAACUAAUUCCUCAAAAUAAAGCUAUUUGUGGUCAAUUAAAAAUAAUAUGCUAUGCAAUACAACUUUUAAUGUAACCCUUAACCUGGUCAAGGUCACGAAAAUUUGAGAAUUUCCCACAUAUAGUACAGUGUUUACACAGGGCUUUCACUAAAUUCUGAGGUAGAGGGCUCAAAGGAGAUUUGAAGAGGCUGGGGAUCAAAGGGUCCAUGGUUUAAGUAUUGUAAGGUAAAGUGUUAAAAAAUGGGGCAAGUACUGUACAAGGUAAUAAUUUUCUGUUGUCACAUUAAGAGUUUGUUCCAGGAGCAAUUCGAUCUGACAUAUAGAUGUUAGGUGAACAAGUUAACUUGGUUAGCAGUUGGUUCUUAAUAAAACUGUGUACAACAUAAUUACUGUCAUAUCUGGUGACAGUGAGGUUCAUCUGUUGCUUCAAAUUAUUGUACACCAUAUGACUAACACUAUACUCUGUUGUAACUUGUACUUUACUUACAAAUAAUAUGUGAUUCUAGUCUUACUGACAAUGUCUAGUCUCUGGGUGGGGAAACUGGGCAGCAUGUUAUUUAUAAGAAAUAAUGAUACUACUGCCAUGUUAGUUAUGAAGCCCAAAGGAGAUUUAAAGAGGCUUUGGGAUCAAGUGGAUGAUGACAUACUUAGAACAGUGAAUCUAGGUGAUUAAUACACAUUGGUUUUAAGAUUAACUAAUGUAUGGAUACGUAUUAGUUUUUCUAUUAUCAGAUACAGGAACCCUGUGUUUAGGAGCAGCUGAAUGUGUCCAGAAGUCACAUGAAUUUGGCUAGCAGCUGGUUCAUUUUGAAGACUAUCUUAGUACACUACUUACACUUUUAUAUCAUAGUAGAUUUUAAUAUUUGAAUGGAUCAGAAACAGAGUCUACUAUCUGACAUUAAUAUGGGAAUGUGAGGUAGGGGAGUAAAAGGCCUGGUAUACAGAGAUAUAUUUCUUGCCAUAGUCAACAGUCUUCAAGUUUUGCUAGUGGCUGAUAAGUGGCACCUAUACAAAUGCCAAUUUGUUUUUAGAUUCUGGCUUUGACCCUUCAUGAUUACAAGGUGGAUAAUUUGACAAAAUUGUCCCUGAUUGUGGCCCAGAACAGCAAAAUUAUGCUUAAAUUUUCUAUAUAAAAUCAUAAAAAUUAACAAAUAGUAAGAAUUUUGCUGACUGCUGCCACAUUAUGAAAUAUUUGGUAAAGGUGCAUUUGAAGAUUCUUCAAAUGAUUCCUGACUGAAAAAGAAUUUAUAUUUAUUAAAAAAUAUUUGUUGGUACAGUACUAUGUAAAUUCUUUCUUAAUACUGGUCCUAGGUCAAAUGGACUCCAGUCUUAGCAACCCCUGACCUAAUCAUUUGGAUUGGGGCCCAAGGCUCAAAUCCUAAUUUAAUUAUUAGUUUAGGUCAGGUUCAACUGAGGCCUAGUCCUAAUAUUAGGACUAGGCCUCAUUUGGCCAGUUACCUCUGUACUUCAGACUAUAUCAGUUUAUGAAAGAGUUGUGAAAACACAAUCACACUUACACGACAUAUCAGGAAAUAAACUCGCAAAUGGAGAGUUUGGAGACUAAAGUCAUAUUGAGGAUUUUUUCUCCAACUUGAAUAAAAAUUUAAUCAAAUUAUUGCAUCUCCACAUGUGGGUUCUAUUUAAAAAAUAAAUCAGGUGGAUAUCAUGUAAAGUAAGAUAAAGUAGUAUUGUAUCAGUGCUCGAGAAUCUUUUUAUAUCUAUAAAUACUUUUAUAUAUGGGGAAAGUUUCAGUAAUCUAUAGAUACCAUUUUCUACAUUUUUACUUUUGCACAUGGUGCUUAUAUUGCAUCUAUUAUAUCAUUAAUAAUUUGAGUGUACUGUAUUGAAAUAAGUAAAAUAUCUAUACGCUAGUGUGUUGACUCUAGGAACUAGUUAAUCCGAUGUAUCAAAGGGCAAAAUAGGUUAAAGAAUAAAUAGUAAAUUGUGCUGUGCCAUGAUGAACAUUUUGUAGAUGCUGUUAUGGGAUUUUACUUAAGCUUCACUAGGGGAGUACAGUACAAUACUCUGUUGUAAAAAAGUAAUACAGUAAUACCGGGUAUUUCAUCCCUUGUAUCCUCAAACAAUAUCUGUAAGUUUAAUUAAUAACUUUAUUCAGAAAUGGAUCCAGUACUCCAUUCCACUGUUCCCAUAAUAUUAGGUGGGACACGGUUCUGUAACGUAGUUCAGUCCAUUAAAUCUGCAUACUGAAAUAUGAAAUUCUGGAUUAACUGGGUUCUAGAUGAAGUAUUGAUGUACUCUCACACAUAAACUAAUUUGACAAAAGUUUGACAGUUAUAGUUUAGUGAUGACAAUUUGUAAUGUGUUAACCGAGUUCUGUGCCAUGGAAAUAAAUGUAUCAAUUGUCUCUGUCAUGGAGAUGUGUACACAUUAUUGAUUUUCUUUGCUCUGGAAUUGUGUACUGUACUGUACUGUAUAUCAAUUUCCUUUUUCAUAAAAAUUUGGAUAUUAGUAUUCUAUGCCACAGAAAGCUUUUUCUUUAAUUUAUUGUCACGAUAACACUGUCCAAUUUGCGUCUAUGAACAUAACCUGUGAUAACAAUGACUCAGUAGCCUAGUGGCCCUGUUAAUUUAAUUUGUACAUAAGUUGAUGUUGCAUCAAUAAAGUUGUGUAUAAGAGGUAAUGAGCCAAAAAAAUAAGUUACUGCCAAGAAUUUUCUUCUCAUAUUUGUAAUGUAAAUAGUUUUUGUUUUUUAAAUUUUUUGGUAGAAUUGGACAAUACAGUACACUUCUUUUUCCAAGGUUUGAUAUUAUCUGUGGGCAAUAGUGCUGGUGGUUUUCUUUCAGCUACUGUGACUAAUAUUGAAGGAUAAUUUUCUAAGUAUCGAUUUAAUUUAUUUCCUCAGAGGCAUUUCAAUAUGAGUGGUAUAAAAAAUCCACUGCAUUUUGUGAUUACUUUUCACCCAAUAAUUCAACAAUACUGUAAUGUGUUUUAUCUAAUGUCCCAAACUCCUAAAUCUGUUCCACUUGGUGUUUGGGACUUUCUGUAUUGUGGUAUCAGGGCCCACUCUACACUGUUACAUCUAUUAGCUUAAUUGCCGUUUCAUUUGCCACUUUUCCGUUUUGUCAAUCAAUUAUUUUGCUUGAGGGUUCCAUGGGUCAGAUGGCAGCACUCUUGACUUCCAACCCAUGAGACUUGGGGUUCAGUCUUCUGUCAAGCAGGAUUGGUGAGGUGUUACUCUGAGUGGUUUGUGCCACAUAGGCCACCAGCAAUGUCAAUGCAUUGAGCUACUCAAACUCUGCCAACCCCAACAUUAUGGUGUUAGGAUUUUAGCUUUAUUUAUCAUAGGUAAAAUUUAUUUUAUAUUCAUUUACUGUAUUUUUAUUUCUAGUACCUUUGAUUUCACCCUUUCAAGCCUCUUUUCACUAUUUUGUAGGAUGGCUGGAAGCAAGAGCAAAACACACAAACACACACUCUCAUUCACUGCCAUUUGUUGGAAUAGAUGUGUUAUGCUAUGCAAAUUUUAUCUUAUGUAUUUCAAAAUCACAGACAGGUUAGCAAGUUUGUGUAUAUAUUACACUUGUUUGCCAGUCCAGUUUAUUUGUUUUACUGAUUUUUAUUAAUUUAUUUAAUUAUUUAUUCGCUUGUGGUGUACAGGGGAAUGGGUAGAGCGGGCUCUCUAUAUCAGUCUCAAGGUCUUGAUACUGAUUUAUAUGUUGCUAAGUACAGGUAUAUAUCAGUACCAAAAUAUUUGUGCCUCAUCAUGUACUGUUUUGUGAUCUCCCUUGAAUAUUUUAGGUCAUAGGUAAAUGUGGUUAUUUAUGUGCAAUACACAAAGUCAGGAUUUUACAAAUGUAUGUAUAUUUUAUCAUAUGUACAGUGAGCCAUUGUAAUUGAAUAUUUGACUUCUGUAUGGUGAUGAUGAUGCUCUUGUGGUGCUGAAUAAAAUAUUUACAAGAA